AGGCCGGGGAUGCGGAAGUGCGAGCGGCGGCGGGGAAGCUGGGAGUCCCGGCGGUUGCCACCAUGGCAGCGGCUGAGGGCCCGGGGAGCGGAGGCGGCGGCGGGGGCCCGGGGGCCGCAGGAGGUAACCGGCAGCUGAAGUACAUCAGCUUAGCGGUCCUGGUGGUGCAGAAUGCCUCCCUCAUCCUCAGCAUCCGGUACGUGCGCACGCUGCCCGGGGACCGGUUCUUUGCCACCACGGCGGUGGUCAUGGCCGAAGUCCUCAAGGGAGCCACCUGCCUGCUGCUCAUCUUCGUCCAGAAACAAGGUAACCUGAAGCAGUUUGCCUCGUUCCUGUAUGAAUCCGUUGUGGUGCAAUACAUGGACACCCUCAAACUAGCAGUGCCUUCUCUCAUCUACACCCUCCAAAACAACCUCCAGUAUGUGGCCAUUUCCAACCUGCCUGCAGCCACCUUCCAGGUCACCUACCAGCUGAAGAUCCUCACCACCGCCGUCUUCUCCGUGCUGAUGCUGCGCAAGAGCCUCUCCCGCCUCCAGUGGCUGUCCCUUGUCCUCCUCUUCGCCGGCGUGGCCAUCGUCCAGGUGGAACAACAGCAGGCGGGGAACAAGCCGACGCCCGGGGGCCUGGAAGCCCCGCAGAGCUACCCGGUGGGGCUGGCGGCCGUGGUGGUGUCGUGCCUCUCGUCCGGCUUUGCCGGGGUCUACUUCGAGAAGAUCCUCAAGGGCAGCGCUGCCUCCGUCUGGCUGCGCAACGUCCAGCUGGGCAUUUUCGGGACCCUGCUGGGACUGCUGGGCUUGUGGUCCACGGAGGGGUCGGCCGUGGCCCAGCACGGAUUCUUCUUCGGCUACACCCCGCUGGUGUGGGGGGUGAUCCUCAACCAGGCCUUCGGCGGGCUGCUGGUUGCCCUGGUGGUGAAGUACGCCGACAACAUCCUCAAGGGCUUCGCCACGUCCUUCUCCAUCGUGGUGUCCACCGUGGCGUCCAUCUACCUCUUUGACUUCCGCCUCCACCUGCUCUUCGCCCUGGGAGCAGGGCUGGUGAUCGGGGCCGUUUACCUGUACAGCCUGCCCAAAGGACCCUCCGCGGGGACGGCAGGGCAGCUGCCGGGCCACGCCGCCCCGAGCAAGGAGCUCCCUUCUGUGGCCACGCAAGGCUUCCUGACCAAGUCAGUGCUGGUCAAUUGAAGAGAACAGAGCACACACACACACACAUGAACGCAUCCUUCCUGGCGGCCAGCUCCGGUUUCUCGCCGAGCUUCCCCAACGCCGUGCCCCUUCCCUGUGCAUCCCCUCCUCACCGCUUCCCAAUCUUCCCAGCCUGUGACCACCUCAGCUCCUUCCCUGCCUUACCAUUUCCCAGUUUCUUGUCUCUGCUGCCCCUAGCGCACUCCCCCACGUCCUUCCCCUCAGUUUUCCCCUUCCUCCCAUCUCCUUUUGACACUGUGGUGGGAAACCCUCCUUUCCACUUGUUUUCCCCAUGCCAGCCCCAGCUCUCCCAACUUCUCCCUGUCUUUUGCAGCUCACUGUCUAAGGACCGCCCACCUCUUCCCUCACCCUCCAGCAGAAUUUGGGGGGCAGCCUGACACCUGGGUCCUUCAUCCCCUCCCCCUCUCAAUGACCCCUCCAAUCUCCCUCUUGUUUCAUCAGGAGGAAACACAUUUUCAAAGAAGUGUAUUUUUGUACAAACGCUUUGAACAACGAUCAAACGCAGGGGCAGAAGGCGAGGGCACGCACGCGGCCGUGGAGAUAAACCCGGAAAGGAGGCUGACGUCGGCCAUUUUGGAGUGUACCUUUUUUUCCCCCACCCCCACCUUUAAAAGUGCCACCUUUGGGGAAAUGAUAGGAAGGUUAUUUAUUGUUGUCGGGAAGCAUUUGAGGCUGAUCUACUGUGACAGAUGCAGACGAAUCCACACUGGGGGCAGGGGGGGUGUCCGAGUGGGUAAAACCAUGUUGUUGAGAGAGGCAGACAGAGAACGCGGCCCAUUUGAGGAAUAAACUAUACACAAUUAUAUACACUGUAAUAAGACACUACGUCAUUAAAGUGCAAUAUAAUUGAACCAAAGCGUGAAUUCUUAUUAGUAGACAGAAUGUGGUAUCAAAAAAUACAAAUACAAUAUAGCAGGGGUGGCCAACGGUAGCUCUCCAGAUGUUUUUUGCCUACAACUCCCAUCAGCCCCAGCCGUUGGCCAUGCUGGCUGGGGCUGAUGGGGAGUUGUAGGCAAAAAACGUCUGGAGAGCUAUCGUUGGCCACCCCUGCAGUAUAGCAUUGAAGAAUCUCAUCUGUAGAGCAAAAAAUAAAGACGUAAUUUCAGCAAAAGUUCAUCACACCUUCAACAAUCAGGUAAAGGCAACUAUGUCACACCAGAAAUCCUGAGUAAUGGCUAUCUUGUUUCAUUCACCUUCAGUGAACUGGAGAUCCACAUGGUAACAGUUUUUUAGAUACUCUGUGGAUUAGAUUCGUUGCGAUGCUGUUUUGGUCUGAAUCCUUGGAUGUUGUAUUGGAGUUGUGUUCUUUGACAGCAUUCUGUUUGCUAAUAGGGCUUUUUUUGUAGCAGGAGCUUCUUUGCAUAUUAGGUUGCACCCCCCCUCCCGAUGUAGCCAAUCCUCUUGGAGCAACAUUAGGCCCUGUACUAAGAGCCCUGUAAACUCUGGAGGAUUGGCUGCAUCAGGCGGUGGGGGCAUGGCCUAAUAAGCAAAGGAGCUCCUGCUACAAAAAAAAGCCCUGCUAAUAGUAAUUCACACUUCGUUUCACUCGUACUUGAAUUACUUAGCGUCUUUUUAGAGUAUAUAUAAGCUUGAGGGAAUAAGCCUCCCAGAUGUCAGCGUCCUUUUUGUCUAACCUUCCUCGGAAUUGGUCCUCUGAGCCCUUUUCAGGCAGGGUUUCUUUUGGGGCCGAGUUGCCCAGCAGCUAGAGCCAAGCCAAUUUAUAUCAGAUGAGGACCGGGGGGGGGGGGGGAGGGCACUGCUUGAUCCGGCUGGAAAGUGGAAGGCUCACUGUGGGGAGGGGUGGGGUCAUUGGACCUUUUGGGUCAUAGCAGAGUGGCAGCUGGUUCCUAGGCUCGCUUUGUUCUUCUGCACCCUGGCGCAUGUUUGACAUCUGUUGCGAUCCGGGCAAAUGCAGGGGGCGGGGCAAGGAGCCGAAACCGCUAGCUGUCGAUGAAGACGUCAGCGAAUUGCAAGGAUCACGUUAGGGGUUGGGGAAGAGCGUUCAGGCAACGCAGGGGUGGAAUUCUAGCAGGGGCUCCUUUGCAUAUUAGGCCACACACCCCUGAUGUAACCAAUCCUCCCAAGAGCUUACAACAAAGAGCCUACUGUAAGCUCCGGGAGGAUUGGCUACAUUAGUGGGUGUGGCCUAAUAUGCAAAGGAGCUCUUCUAGAAUGCCAGCCCUGCAGGUGAGCGUGGAUGGUACUUAAGACAGCCUGACGCCGGGAGCUGAAGCAGGGCAGAAAAACCCUUUGAACGUUACCCUGCGGCGGCUGCUUAGUUCGUGUUUGGGGAGAAGGGAACGGUUUGGGCCCGAGCCUCGUGCUUCGUGGGUUCUCCCAGGGCACGAGCAAUUUUUUUGCAGUCACGGGAUAAGUCUGCAAAAGGAAAUUUCUCAAACCUCUCGUGAGUCACCCACAGAUGAAUUUGAUGCGUCAAUAACUGAACCAUGAGGUAGCUUGAGUAUGUCUGGGGCAGCACACCCCAUCGUGCCUCAGUUUCCCCCUUCUGGUGGCGGGUUGAGCGUUCCACAUAUCGUGGCGACUUGGAAAACACUAACUGGGGGUGGGGAUUGCGUUAGGGAAGCAGUGCGGGUUUCAGUCUGCUGUUCGGAAUGGGUGGGGGCGGGGCAGCACGAGGAAUAAUCAAACCGUCACACGGUGUACAUAGGAUUUUUAGAGCGCUGACCAUUUUCUAUGAUUCCUGCUUUUUUUAAGGGGGGGAGGGGGAAGGGAUGGGACAGAAAGCCUGUACUAUUUGCCAAUGUACAUAAACCACAGACGAAUAAAGAGAGUGUAUUUAUUUA